AUGCCUGCAACCACUGCAGAGACGCUUUCCCUCGUGAGCAGGCAGGUCUCGGUCGCUCCUCUCGUCCUCCUAUCAGCUGCAGAUCACUACGGUCGCUCGGCCAAAGGAACUCGAAAACGAGUCGUGGGUGUUUUGCUGGGUCAAAAUGACGGCAAGAAUGUGCGAGUGUCCAACAGUUUCGCCGUACCCUUCGAGGAGGACGAAAAAGACCCGUCCGUCUGGUUCCUAGAUCAUAAUUAUGUCGAGUCGAUGCGGGAAAUGUUCAAGAAGGUCAACGCGCGAGAAAAAUUGAUCGGGUGGUACCAUUCUGGCCCGAAGCUGCGAGCAUCUGAUCUCCAGAUCAACGAGCUGUUCAAGAAAUACACUCCCAACCCUCUCCUUGUCAUCAUCGACGUCCAACCGAAGGAAGUCGGCGUACCCACAGACGCCUAUUUUGCUAUUGAAGAGAUCAAGGACGACGGAACAACUACCACCAAGACAUUUGUGCAUACCCCUUCGAUUAUUGAAGCAGAGGAGGCAGAAGAGAUUGGGGUGGAACAUCUUCUCAGAGACAUCCGUGAUGUCGCAGUCGGCACUCUUUCCUCCCGCAUCACCCAACAGCUGCAGUCGCUACAAGGUCUUCAUCUACGGUUAAGGGACAUAGGCACUUACCUUCAAAAAGUCCUUGAUGGCGACCUUCCCAUCAACCAUGCCAUCCUCGGCAAUCUGCAAGACAUUUUCAACCUUCUCCCGAACUUGACGACGCCUCCGGCUUCCCGACCGAAUGGCAAGAACCAAAUUGAGAAUAGCGAGCUAGCUCGUGCGAUGAGCAUCAAGACCAACGAUCAGCUGAUGACUAUUUACCUGAGCUCGCUAGUCCGCGCAAUCACCGCAUUCCACGACCUCAUUGACAACAAGAAUCAAAAUCGACAACAGCAAGAAGAAAAGGAAGCGAAGAAGGAUGAGGCAGAAAAGAAGGAAGGUGAGAAGGAGAAGGACGAGAAAAAGCAGGGCGUCAACGGGGCGGUAAACGGAGACAAGAAAGAAAGUGACGAGAGUGGCAAUGGAAAAGGAAAAGGCAAGAAGAAGAGCUAG